GGCCUGGGCCGAAGGUGUCCAUGCAGCGCUGGGGAGGGAGGGACAGGACAGUGUGCCGGCUGCACGCCCUGCUGCUCUCUGCUGCCCUUUGUCUGCUGGGGUCUGAAUUGGCCUUUGGGCGUCACCAGAACGCUAGCCGGAGGCUGGCUGGGGCCGCGCUCACACCCUUGGGGGCUUAGCAGAGCCGAGCUCUGAGAGGCCCCCACCAUCUGUUUUGACUGGCUGCGUGUUGGGAGAGAUUUAACAUGGCCAGUUAGGGCUGGUGCCCAAUUGCAGCCGAGAGGGUGUUUGCCCUGCACAGGGUCGACCCGGGCUCAAUCCGGCACCACCGAGCAUCGCUGGGAGUGAUCCCUGGACUCAGAGUAGGGGAUAAGUCCUGUGUGUGGCACAAAACUUAAUAAGGACCUCGGGACGAUGCUUGCGGCCGCCCUGUGCCUCGGCCUUCUGGGCUGCCUGCGGGCCCAGGAGCUAGGGGGCCACGUGUCCGUCACCCUGCUGGGCGCCACCGGGGACCUGGCCCGGAAGUACCUGUGGCAGGGCCUGUUCCAGCUGUACCUGGAUGAGGCGGGGCAGGGCCACAGCCUCAGCUUCCACGGCGGCGCACACACGGCCACCGAGCAGGGCCAGGUCGUGCUGGCCGACAUCCUGGCGACCCUCGCCUGCCCCCCGGGCCUGGCCGCCCCACGCUGUGCGGACCUCAAGGCCCAGUUCCUCCAGCUGAGCCAGUACCGGUGCCUGAAGACGCCCGAGGACUACGUGGCCCUGAGCCGUGACAUCGAGGCCCGGGCGCGACAGGGGGGCGGCCGCGAGCUCGGCCGGAUCUUCUACUUCUCCGUGCCGCCCUUCGCCUACGCGGACAUCGCCCGCAACGUCAACGGCAGCUGCCGCCCGGGCCCUGGUGCCUGGCUGCGGGUGGUCUUCGAGAAACCCUUCGGCCACGACCACCUCUCGGCCCAGCAGCUGGCCGCUGAGCUCAGCGGCUUCUUCCAGGAGGAGGAGAUGUACCGGGUGGACCAUUACCUGGGCAAGCAGGCCGUGGCGCAGAUCCUGCCUUUCCGGGACCAGAACCGCCAGGCCCUAGAGCCGCUGUGGAGCCGGCACCAUGUGGAGCGCGUGGAGAUCGUCCUGAAGGAGACGCUGGGUGCAGAAGGCCGCCUCAGCUUCUACGAGGAGUACGGCGUCAUCCGGGACGUCCUGCAGAACCACCUGACCGAGGUCCUCGCACUCGUGGCCAUGGAGCUGCCCCGGAAUGUCAGCAGCUGGGAGGCCGUGCGUGAGCGUAAGCUGGAGACCCUGCGGGCACUGAGGAGGCCGCAGGGGGACAGCGCCGUGCUGGGCCAGUACCAGGCCUACAGCCAGCAGGUGCGCCAGGAGCUGCAGCGGCCCGACGGCUUCCAGAGCCUCACGCCCACCUUCGCAGGCGUCCUCGUCCAUGUGGACACCCUCCGCUGGGAGGGCGUGCCCUUCAUCCUGAUGGCCGGCAAAGCCCUGGACGAGCGAGUGGGCUACGUGCGCGUCCUGUUCCGGAACCAGGCCCACUGUGUGCAGAGCGCGAGGCAGUGGGACCCCGCGCAGAGCCCCUGCCUGCCCCGCCAGCUCAUCUUCUACAUCGGCCACGGCGAGUUGGGCAGCCCCGCCGUGCUGGUCAGCAGGAACCUCUUCAGACCCUCCCUGCCCGCCCAGAGCUGGACAGAGGUGGAGGACCAGCCCGGCCUGCAGCUCUUCGGCCGGCCGCUGGCUGAUUUCUAUGUGUAUAGGCCGGUGACAGAGCAGGACGCCCACGCCAGCCUCAUCGGCCGCAUCUUCCACGGCCACCAGGAGGCCUUCAUCACCACAGAGAGCCUGCUGGCGUCCUGGAGCUUCUGGACACCCCUGCUGGAUAGCGUGGCCGGGCAGGCGCCCCGCCUCUACCCGGGGGGUGCCGACAGCGGGCCCCUGCUGGACUUUGAGCUCAGCGACUCCCACCUGGCCUUCUGCCAGCAGCAGCCGGAACAGCUGGUGGCCAGCCCGGGACCCGCCCCGCUGCCCCGGGACUUCCAGGUGCUCCAGGCCACCUACCGCGAGAGCCAGCUGGUCUCGGCCUGGCCCGAGGAGCUCAUCGCCCGGCUGGCCCAGGACAUCGAGGCCGCAGCCGAAGAGGCCGUGCGGCGCGUGGGCGAGUUCCACCUGGCGCUGUCGGGCGGCUCCAGCCCCGUGGCACUGUUCCAGCAUCUGGCCACGCGGCAGCUCACCUUCCCCUGGGCGCACACGCACAUCUGGCUGGUGGACGAGCGCUGCGUGCCCCUGCGCGACCCCGAGUCCAACUUCCAGAGCCUGCAGGCGCACCUGCUGCGGCCCGCGGGGGUCCCCCACUCCAACGUGCACCCCAUGCCCGUGCACCUGCGCCAGCGGCUCUGCGCCGAGGAGGACCAGGGCGCCCAGCUCUACGCCCAGGAGAUCGCCGCGCGGGUCAGCCACAGCAGCUUCGACCUGGUGCUGCUGGGCAUGGGCCCCGACGGGCACACGGCCUCCCUCUUCCCGCACUCGCCCGCCGGCCUGGACGGGGACCCGCUGGUGGUGCUGACCCACAGCCCCGCGCCGCCGCACCGGCGCAUGAGCUUCAGUCUCCCGCUCAUCAACCGCGCGCGCCGCGUGGCCGUCCUGGUCCUGGGCCACCUGAAGCGCGAGAUCUCGCUGCUGGUCAGCCGCGUGGGCCGCCAGCCCCAAAAGUGGCCCAUCUCGGGCGUGCAGCCCGAGUCCGGCCAGCUGGUAUGGUACAUGGACUACGAGGCGUUUCUGGGGUGAACGGCUGCCCCCCGGGCCUUGGCCCGAGCGCUCGGCCUCCCGUCCCCUCCACCCGAGAGCCCCACCGCCUGCCCUUGGGCCCAGGGCUCAGGGAAGGAGAGGAGGGCUCACCCCGGUCUCUGGCAGCGGCGGGUGGGGGGGGGCCCUGCCCGGUGGGAAAAAGAGAUAGAAUCACAGAGGUCGGCGCCCUACCCUGGAGAAGCUUCGAGUCGUACUGGGGAGAGAGAACCACCAGCAGGUGUUCACAGAAACCAGCAAAAUAAAAUCCAGACGUUGGGGCGGGGCUGCAUUUCAGAUUAGAGGCUAGGAGUCAUCGGGGAGGCUUCCCGGAGGAGGUGACCCUCCAGUUGGCUCCCACAGAGGAAAGGGUGCAGGCCUCUGUGCAGAGCCAGCCCAGGGAACUGCAGAGACUCAGGCUAGUGCCGCCCCUCCCCCAACCUUCGUGCAUUCAGCCACAGUUCCAGGAUCUCUGGACUGUUGGGUGCUCAGCGUCCACUCAGUGGACAGAAUCGCGUGAGCAGAGGCACUGCCAUCCCCCCAGCCCCUCGGGGCGUCCCAUCCCCUGUUCCUCCCGUCACUGCGUCUGUGGAUGCCACCCAGUUCCCACGUGACGUCGGUCUCGGUCUCCCCAGAGGGACACGCAACUCCUGACAGCAGGGGGGCACCCCGUCCCCCCACCGGGAAAGGAGCUCGGCGGUUCCAGGCCUUCCACCCUCAGACCCCAGCUUUCAGGAACCUCCACAGGAGCCUGAAAUUCUGGAGGGGAAAAAAAAGAAAACCCAAAUUCUCAGGGCUCAUUUCACCUGCAACAAACACUUCCCCAGGAUCCGUGCUUCCCCAGGACCAGUGUAAACCGGUCCUGUGUCCAACCUACCUCUGGCCACGUGGGGGCGCCCUUGCACGGUAUUCCCCCCCUCAGGAUUCAGGUUCCUGGCGUCGCUGUCCUGGACAGGAGCGAGCCUGGAAUGUUCUGUGCCAGACUGUACGCUGUAUGCCCAGACCCUGGGCUGUCUGUUCACUCCCAGCUCAGGGAUCCAGGCGUGGAGCCCACCUGACCUGCCAGGGUUUCCCCCGCCCACUGCCCCGUCCUGGGGACCCCGGGUGUGGGAGCUCGUCCAGGGGACCCGCACAGGGCUAACAAGGGCAGCACCUCCUCAGCUGACCAUCUCCUCCCCACGACCCGUCACUGCCCCCCACAGGUCUACAAGGGGUCAGGAUCCCCCAGAGAGGUGGGCGAGGGCGAGUAUGCCCCCCCUCGCGUCCAUCAUGAGGACAGCAGACCCCUGCCACAGUCCGGAAAGGGGAGGCGCCCCCUACGUUCCCUCAUGGGGGACCCACCCCUCAGCACCCACUGCCAAGGCGGAUGGCCUUGCUGCAGAGAUGCCAGGCUGGCACGGGGAAAGCUCCGGGCCGCUCAGAUUUUUGUGUCCUCCUGGAUGUCCUUUUUUCAAACAAUAAAGUCACUUUU